AUGGAGUACUACUGUAAAAAGGACGCUCUUUCGGAAGGAGUCCUUGUAAGGACCGAAUUACUUUGUGACUUGAACAAUUCCCACAUCCAAGAAGCACUAAAGAACAAGAAAAUCAAGGAGAAAUCUGUCUUCCUGCCGUAUUACUUGGUAGAUGCACUAGUAACCACGGAGUAUUUGCAAGUAAAGGAGUUAAUUACAGAGAAGAGUGUGAAGGAAAUGGAAGGGGCACCAGAAUAUGUAAAUCUGCAGGGAAAGAUACUUUACAGGAUAGUCAGUAAAAUAUGCAAGAAAUACGCAAUGGAAGAAGAAAGGGAGACUGUGAGGCAGAUGCACCUGGCGCGCGCAAUAAAAUGGGGAAGUCUUCUAGCAGAAGACGGAGAGGAAGAGGGCUGUGAGCGGGAAGAGGAAGAAAUCUUGCAUGCCGGAAGGACAGCAUGGCGGAGUGGAAGGUAA